CGAGAAUCCAUUGCCACGUUGACGUUGUCGCAUUUCAGCUACGUCCGCUUUCCUUCGUUACGCAUUUUCCGAGUGUAAAUAAGGCAUCAUUGCAGAACCUUUUUAGAAAACCUUUUUAGAAGAAACAUGCCGGAAAAAAUAUUAAAUGUUCUGACCAAAUUUUGGGACGAAUACAUCGCAAACACGCCGAAGAAACUUAAGAUUAUAGAUGCAUAUCUCGUCUAUGUUUUCCUCACGGGCGUGAUGCAGUUUUUGUACAUUUGUGUGGUUGGCACCUUCCCGUUUAAUUCAUUCCUCUCCGGUUUUAUAUCAAGUGUAGGAUCAUUCAUUCUCGCUGUGUGUCUUCGACUGCAGGUAAAUCCUCAAAAUAAAUCAGAUUUCACCAGUAUCAGUCCUGAGAGAGCUUUUGCAGAUUUUACAUUUGCCAACAUCAUCCUUCAUUUGGUAGUGAUGAAUUUUAUUGGUUGAACUUUGUAUUUCUUCAUUGGAACUGAAAGAAAAUGUCAACCAAUAAUUCAGCCAUUAGCCAAUCUUCUUUUUACAUAAAUAAAAAUAUAUCUGAAAAAAGAAACAUUAAAA